UGGUUGCUUAUUUCCGGUAGUGAGCUUCGCUGAUGCAUAUCGUUGUAUAUAUCAGUACAACCUGACGUAAUUAUUAUUACAUUUUUCUUAUUUAGAAAAGAAGACAGUCGUCGUCUGUUAUCUAAUAACCUCGAAAUGGCAACAACAGUUAGCACGCAACGAGGACAGGUCUACAUUGGUGAGCUGCCUCAGGAUUUCCUGAGAAUCACCCCGACGCAGCAGCAGCAGCAGGUGCAGUUAGACGCCCAGGCGGCCCGACAGCUGCAGUACGGAGGAUCUUUAGGAACAGCUGGCCGCCUCAGCAUCACUGUCGUACAGGCGAAGCUUGCGAAGAACUAUGGGAUGACACGCAUGGACCCUUACUGCAGGAUUCGACUUGGCUAUGCCGUCUAUGAGACUCCUACUGCCCACAAUGGAGCAAAGAACCCUCGCUGGAACAAAGUCAUCCAGUCCACUGUCCCGCCUGGGGUCGACUCCUUCUAUCUGGAAAUCUUCGAUGAGAGGGCGUUUUCCAUGGAUGAUCGCAUCGCAUGGACACAUGUGACGAUCCCAGAGAGUCUGCGAGAGGGAACCGUCGUGGAUGAAUGGUACAGCUUGAGCGGAAGACAGGGUGAUGACAAAGAAGGCAUGAUUAAUCUUGUCAUGUCCUUUGCUUCAAUACCAGCGGGAAUGAUGAUGCAGCCGCAGCCUGUGGUUUUGAUGCCUACAGUUUAUCAACAGGGAGUUGGAUAUGUGCCCAUAGCAGGUGUCCCUGGUAUGUACAACCAAGGUGUGGUGCCCAUGGGAAUGCCAGCUGUGCCUGCUGUCACAUCACAGAGCGCCCCCUGCAGCGAAGAAGACCUUAAAGCCCUUCAGGACAUGUUUCCCAACCUGGACAAGGAGGUGAUCCGCACCGUUUUGGAGGCCCAACAGGGUAACAAGGAUGCUGCCAUUAACUCCUUGCUACAGAUGGCCGAGGAGCUUUAACUGCAGAACUGCCACUCAGCUAGCGCUUAAAUGUACCAACAAUGUAAAACUUUAUACCAAAAAGACCCUGUAAAUAUGCACACUGAAGUCUAUCAACCCUUAACAGUAGCAAGUAAAUCUAACAAACUUUUAAUUGUCUCUAAAUCAGCAUUCAGAAUGAAUGUUUCUGGAACGUUACAGAGAAUGUAGGAUGAUUUUGGCAAAGGAGUAACUUGUCAUAUGUCCGCUGAGGGCAGUAUACCAUAUCUGUAUUGUAGUGAUCCCAUGUCUUAAAGAUGUUUGAUAUACUGUAUUAUGCUUUUAUCUGUAUGAAUUUAGUUACAUAAAUGUACAUGAACAUAAUUUAUUUUGAAGAUUAUUAAAGAGAUAUCAGAGUA